AUGAAUCUCGGCAGCAUUUUCAAGGCUUUCUCGCCAUCGAAGAAGUCUAAGGCUAGUCCGCUAUUGGAGGACGCUGGCGUGCGGAAGAAAUAUCGGAAGACUACAACCAAGGGAAAGGGCAAGUCGGUGACGCAGGAUUCGUCGUCGGCGAAACAGAGGGCGGCGCCGGAAGCUUCUCUUGCCGAGCGGGCAGGAAGAUUGUCUUCUACCACCGCGGAGCCAUCCAAGUUCGAGUUCUCCCCCGGCUCCGCGCCGCAUACGCCCCCUCGCCCCUCCAAUGCUGCGCCUCGAGUCCAGUCCGCCCAGCAGGCUGAGAACAGAGUGGACGCUGCUGGCCCUCCCACAUCGCCUCUCAAGUCCCUCACGAAAUCUGCUGGGAAGUCGGGCUCCGCUCGUCCUCUUCUGAGACCGAAGGAGCUGUCACCUCCACCCAAGGAUGUGUUCGCUACCAUGGCGGACUUAUUGGAAUCCCCUAUUGUACACGCGGGGUCGCCGCCCAUGAUGCCGCCCUCGAGCAAGGGUCAUAUGCGUCUGUUUCAGCCGCCGGGCGGGCUGCUAAAGUACAAAAUCGGGCGGCAGGUAGGCUCUAGCCAGGCGCAGUCUCCGUCUUCUCGGGCGAGUGCGGCGAAAAUGUCUCCGGAGGGCCCAUUGAUGAUGAAACCAAUGCCCGUCAACGGCGCGAUCCGCAACAAGGUACAGCGGAAAGAGUCGAAACCAUACGCCUUACCGCAGACUCCCGCAACGCCAUCGACGUCGUCUAGGGUACAAAUCCCAGCCAUUCCCGACGGGAGGCGCUCUCCUCCUUCUCCACGGACACGCCUUGGAAGGAAGGGAGACCUACCUUAUGGCCACCAAGUCUUUACCCCGCUGCGGUCGGAGAUCUUGCUUUCCAGGGAAAGAGCCCUCCAGCGUAAGCUGGAGAUGCUCACGGACGAUCUUGACUGGUCCUCACGCGUUCUUGAUGAAUCGAGCGCGUAUGCGGCAGGCACUGCGAAGAGAGCAAUACCUCACAUUCGAGCGAGCCCUGAUAAGCGAUCCGGCGGCGAGGCUGCGCUCCCUGUCCCGAAGGUCCCGAAGUCUCGGAAAAUGGAAGAGCGAGGGGUCCAGGUGGACACGGAUCUGACAGAGCGCGCGAGCUACUCCAAGGCUAUUCUCGGCAGGGAGGAUGCGCUGAAGAGCUGGGUUCCCGGUCAGUGGCAGAGGUUCGUUCACGAGCAAAGGACAAAAGCGGAGGCCGAUGGCACCCUCAAAGAGAAAACUAGGAAGAUCAUGGCUCGAGUGCAAGAGCAGAAGAGUAAAUGGGACGUCCUGCUCGACCCUGCCAACAGCGAGAUCUUGUAUGUUGGCGCGCACGUCCCCUGGCCGCUGCUCGAAAACCCGAGUAAACUCUCUGCACUUUACGAGGUUGCGGUUUGGGAAUACGUGUUGAAUCCGUUUCGCACGGACACGGAACGUCUGUCACCCGCAGAGAUUCUGCAGGCUGAGCGGGAGAAAUGGGUCUCUGCUGACUGGAUCGGCACCUUGCUCCCCAAAUUCGACUCAAACGCUCAUGAAACGCUGCUUUGCUUGAUCAGUCGUCUGUUGCAGAUUUUGGCUAAUCUUGCUGGUAUGACUCAGACGCAGGAAGGUUGA